GUGAUGCUAUGCAUCAACAAAUAAUUGCAACAUUUAAUUGUGAUUUAACAAUUAUUGAUCCAGCUCUAUUACGAAAAGGUCGAUUAAUUGCCAAUUAUGAAUUUAAUAAACUUGAUCUUGAGAGUGCAAAGAUUUUAUCAGAUAAAUUAGGUUUUGGUCAAGAAAAUAUUACUGAACCAAUGACAUUAGCUGAAAUUUACAAUCAAGGUAAUGCAGAAGAAAAUUAG